UGCAAUGGCAGACAUGAAUCCACUACCAGUUAGACGCAAAAGAAAGUCCGUUUUUGAGGUCGCUGAAAGAAGAAGACAAGGGGAAAAGGAGCGAAGCAAAACUAAAGUGGUUCUUGGAGAUUCCUUCCAGCGAUGGCGCGCACUGAAGCAGACGAAGGGUCUAAAGACGGACGCGUUGGUCGCUAAAUUUCUUCUGGACAGUUAUGAUAAUGUCACAUCUGCCCCACAACCUGAAACUCCAUGGGUGAGACCCCCGCAGCCUCUAGUUUCCACUGUUGUUCAGGAAUCGGUCUCAGACAGGGAUGCAGAUUUUUUUGUGUUGUCCAGUGACAGCAGCAGUGAAGAAGAAACUUCUGCACCACAUAAAAAAGCUAGACCCUCCACCUCCAGAAAUGAACCAGAUGAGGAAGAAUUCAACAGUCUCCAAAAUACUAUUAUCGACUGGGAUGAUGAAACCUGGACUCCAGAAAUGGAAACACAAAGACAGUCUUCCUCUGAAGAGGACGAGACAAAGGAGUUUGACUACAUACCACCAAUUUGUCUGCGGGCUGGAGGUGCAUUGAAACAACAGUUUUGUUUGGACACAUUUCCACAGAUUCACAUGGAUGAAACGGUCCAUGAUGAGCCUGACGACUGUGAAACAGUGGAAGAUGCCGUUCCUCCUGACACUGCUAUGGCUGUCACUGAGGAAGAUGUUUUGGGACAAAAAGCGUCCAUCAUCUAUCAUGAUGUCUUGAAGCAGCUUCUAGACUUUUUAAUCCUACCUGUGGACAAAUGCACAGCUGAUGACCCUGUCACAAAGAUGCCCUGCAAUGCAGCAAAACCCUUUGAAGUUUCAUUGAGAAGAAGAUGCACAGCUGUAACUGCAGAAUGGAUGUGUCCAAAUGGGCACACCGUUUGGAAGUGGAGCUCCCAGCGCUACUAUAAAAGUGGUAUGCUGGCAGGAGACUUCAUGCUGGGUGUUAAUGUCUUAUUGUCUGGAAACGACUUCAGAAAAGUGGCGCUUCUCUUUAAAUUUAUGAAUAUGGGAAUGAUUGAUGCCAGAACAUUCCACAAGAUUCAAGAUGGCUUCUGUGUGGAUAACAUUGCCGACUUCUGGAAGAAAGACACUGAGGGGAUCAUUAAUGAGUUAAAAGAGAAAGAUCCUGUUGUGUUGCUUGGUGAUGGUCGGAUGGAUAGUCCAGGAGUUUGUGCACAAUACUGCACGUACGCCAUGAUGGACAAUGAGACAAAGAAGAUUGUUUACAUGCACAGCUCUGACAAACGAGAGACCCGAACAAACUCUGUCUCCACGGAGAAGCACUGUUUCCUAAAAUGCAUGGACAAAAUCAUGAAAGACUUGAAAGUCAAAGAAGUUUGCACUGAUGCACAUUCUCAGAUAUCUUCACUGUUCAAGAGUGGAGAAUACAAAGACAAAGGAAUAAAACACUCACUGGACGUCUGGGAUGGUGCUAAAAAUCUCAGCAAAAAGAUUUUGGCUGCUGGACGUCAAAAGGAGUGCUCCUUGCUGCUCACCUGGAACAGGGAUAUAACAAACCACUUCUGGUACUGCUGUAAAAGAGCUGAAACAUAUGAACACUUCAUGGACCUGUGGACUGGACUUUUACAUCAUGUGACUGGUGUUCAUCAGCGGUGCUUUGGCUCUUGUCGUCAUGACCCGUUGGAAAGCGAAAGGAACAAGCCACUGAUUCCAGAGGGCUCUGUGGCUCACCAGCGGCUGCGUGAUUUAAUGAUGGAUUCACGAUGGCUGAAGACUGUCACAAAGUUCCUGUCUUUUAGGUCCACUGCAGAGCUGGAGUCAUUCCACAAUCAUGUCUUGAUGUACGCUGGAAAACGCUUUGCAUUCUCCAAGAAGGUUUAUGAGGCACGAGUCUACUUGGCAUCGCUGGACUACAACAAUCAUCUAAACAGAGGACCCAGGAGGACAAAGGACGGCUCCACACAAAAGGGAAAGCUUUACAACAAGAGGACAAAGAUGUGGCGUUUGUGCACAUACAAAGCCCCAAAAGAGUACAAAUACAUCCAUGAUCUGCAGGCACUUAUUCUGCGAUCAAGGCUUUUGUAUCAAAGAGGAAUGGCUGAUAGUCACCCAUCAAGACCCGAUGAUCCACAAAGACUUGGGCCUCUAGCAGACGACAUUACCCCGACAAUACAAGAGCUGGACCAGCAACAGGUCUGCAGAUUGCUAUGUGUCCAGCUCCACUCUCUGAGUUCUGAUCUGACUCUGCAGAUUAAAGAAGAAUACGACAUCAAACAGGAGGAGAUUCAGCUGCAAGUGUCUGGCCCAGAGUUUAGUGCUGUGAGUGUGCAGACAGAAGAGUCCUCACUGCUUCAAGAAAUAAAAACUGAGCAGAGAGAGGACACACAGGGAGAGGACAUCAAAACGGAGACACAGGUCCACAGUGAGGACAUGAAAGCAGAGACACCGGUCCACGGAGAGGACACACAAGGAGAGGACAUCAGAGCAGAGACACAGGUCCUCAGUGAGGACAUGAAAGCAGAGACACCGUUCCACGGAGAGGACACACAAGGAGAGGACAUCAGAGCAGAGACACAGGUCCAUAGAGAGGACACACAAGGAGAGGACAUCAGAGCAGAGACACAGGUCCACGGAGAGGACACACAAGGAGAGGACAUCAGAGCAGAGACACAGGUCCAUAGAGAGGACACACAGGGAGAGGACAUCAGAGCAGAGACACAGGUCCACAGUGAGGACAUGAAAGCAGAGACACCGGUCCACGGAGAGGACACACAAGGAGAGGACAUCAGAGCAGAGACACAGGUCCACACUGAGGACAUGAACGCAGAGACACAGGUCCACGGAGAGGACACACAGGGAGAGGACAUCAGCGCAGAGACACAGGUCCAUAGAGAGGACACACAAGGAGAGGACAUCAGAGCAGAGACACAGGUCCAUAGAGAGGACACACAGGGAGAGGACGUCAGAGUAGAGACAAACGUCCUCUCAGAGAUGAAAGGAGACACACAGAACUCUUGUGACACUGACACUGACAGUGAUGAAGACUGGAGACCUCCAACCAACUGUUCAGCUGCACACAUGGACACAGGGGCUGAUGGAAACCACCACAGUCACCAAGUCCAGACCACAGCCAGAAGCAGCAUGGCACAAAACAAAAAAAACAAGUCUGCACCAGCGACCAGCACCACUGUGAACAAUGCAGACAAGUCAGGAAUUGGCGAAGGAGCUGCGAGCAGGAAACACAAGUGCUCGGUUUGUAAAAAGAAAUUUGGAUCUAAAUAUGAACUACAAAAACACAGCAUAGUUCACACAGGAGAGGAAGUAAGCUGUUCGGUGUGUAAGAAAGUGUUUGCUGUACGCUCACAUCUGAAAACACACAUGAGGGCACACACAGGGGAGAAACCAUUCAGCUGUUCAGUUUGCAAGAAAGUGUUUGCUGUAAGCUCUGAUCUCAAAAGGCACACAAGGACACAUACAGGGGAGAAACCAUUCAGCUGUUCAGUCUGUAAGAAAACAUUUGCCCGAAAGGCUUGUCUUGAGUUACAUACGAGGACACAUACAGGGGAGAAACCAUUCAGCUGUUCAGUCUGUAAGAAAACAUUUGCCCGAAAGGCUUGUCUUGAGUUACAUACGAGGACCCACACAGCGGAGAAACCAUUCAGCUGUUCAGUCUGUAAGAAAACAUUUGCCCGAAAGGCUUGUCUUGAGUUACAUACGAGGACCCACACAGGGGAGAAACCAUUCAGCUGUUCAGUCUGUAAGAAAACAUUUGCCCAAAAGGCUCAUCUUGAGUUACAUACGAGGACACAUACAGGGGAGAAACCAUUCAGCUGUUCAGUCUGUAAGAAAACAUUUGCCCAAAAGAGUAAUCUUGAAGGACAUUUGAUGACACACACAACUGAGAAACCAUUCAGUUGCUCAGUCUGUAAGAAAACAUUUGCUCAAAAGGGUUACCUUGAAAAACAUAUGAGGACACACACAGGGGAGAAACCAUUCAGCUGUUCAGUCUGUAAGAAAACAUUUGCCCGAAAGGCUCAUCUUGAGUCACAUACGAGGACCCACACAGGGGAGAAACCAUUCAGCUGUUCAGUUUGCAAGAAAGUGUUUGCUCUAAGCUCUGAUCUCAAAAGGCACACAAGGACACACACAGGGGAGAAACCAUUCAGCUGUUCAGUCUGUAAGAAAACAUUUGCCCGAAAGGCUCAUCUUGAGUCACAUACGAGGACCCACACAGGGGAGAAACCAUUCAGCUGUUCAGUUUGCAAGAAAGUGUUUGCUGUAAGCUCUGAUCUCAAAAGGCACACAAGGACACACACAGGGGAGAAACCAUUCAGCUGUUCAGUUUGCAAGAAAGUGUUUGCUCUAAGCUCUGAUCUCAAAAGGCACACAAGGACACACACAGGGGAGAAACCAUUCAGCUGUUCAGUCUGUAAGAAAACAUUUGCCCGAAAGGCUCAUCUUGAGUCACAUAAGGACCACACAGGGGAGAAACCAUUCAUCUGUUCAGUUUGCAAGAAAGUGUUUGCUGUUAAUUCUAAACUCAAAACACAUAUGAGGACACACGAUUGAUUUACACUGGAAUAUUGAGGCUCUUUUCUCUGUAACUGCUGCAGUGAGCCUUGUCAUUGUUCAUUCUGCUUUUUAUUUAUUGCAGUUUGUGUAUUUGUAACUUUAUUGUACAUUUACAACAUUUACUGUUGUGUCAAUGGCAUGAAUUAGUUUCAGUAUUAUCAUUUAUUGUCUGUAUUUUCUUCAAAAAUAUAUAGCAUUUUAAACUGUGUAAUCCAGACAGGCCUAUUCAUCUGUUCAGCCUGUUACAACACUUUAUCAUAUGUAUAUUCUCUAUUAAAAAUUGAUUUACUCUUUUUCCCAAGA